AUGAAGCUUGAUGAUGAAUUAUGGGCAUACCGUACAACCUUUAAAACACCUAUCAGGAUGUCUUCUUACCGAUUAGUGUUUGGAAAUGCAUGUCAUCUUCUUGUGGAGUUGGAGCAUAGAGCUUAUUGGGCUAUAAAGAAGUUUAAUUUUGAUUUGAAAGCAACAAGAGAAAAGCGACUUCUACAAUUGAAUGAGAUGGAUGAGUUCCGAAACGAUACUUAUGAAAAUGUGAAGAUCUACAAAGAAUGGAUGAAGAAGUGGCAUGACAAGCAGAUUCUCUGGCGUGAGUUCGUACCAGGACAGCAGGUUUUACUCUUCAAUUCGCGACUCAAACUCUUUCCGGGAAAGUUAAGAUCAAGAUGGACAGGUCCUUCCAUCCUUAUACAAUUGACAAAGUGA